UCAGACUGUGGGCAAGGGGCGAGCAUCCAUUGCCUGUGCCGGAAGUCCUGGUGGACAGUACCAGGGACUUUCUUGGCCUAUCAGAGGCUAAGGCGGCGAAAAAGCGUAAACAAUGCCAGCUGCAGUGAGCUAAAGCCUGGGCAUCUGCUCUUCUGGGUGGUGACAGAGGCCCUAGGGUACUUGUAUGGAUAUGCAGCGGGUGAGCGCUGCCCACGACCUGGCUUUGCCCCAACCUGGUUCCUACUUGAAGUGAGGAGAGGAUUGCUUUUACUGAAGUAUAACCCAGUUUUGAGCUGGAUGGGUGGAGCUCAACCUUGUGCUCUGGGCCUUGGGUCCUUAGCUUGGUAUUUGGAGACCUGAGUAGCAUCGGGAUGAAUUGGGGCAAAACCUCCUGAAAAGAGUGAAGGUGUGGCUCAAGCUGUAGAGCUCCUGCUUUGAACUACUUUUAAUUCCAAGGAAAAACUAUAAGCACAAUGGGAGAUGACAGUGAGUGGUUGAAACUGCCAGUGGAUCAGAAAUGUGAACACAAGUUAUGGAAAGCAAGAUUAAGUGGAUAUGAAGAGGCCCUGAAGAUCUUCCAGAAAAUAAAAGAUGAAAAGAGCCCAGAAUGGUCCAAGUUUUUAGGAUUAAUCAAAAAAUUUGUCACUGAUUCCAAUGCAGUGGUUCAAUUGAAAGGACUAGAAGCUGCACUUGUUUAUGUUGAAAAUGCCCAUGUAGCAGGAAAAACCACAGGAGAAGUUGUAUCAGGUGUUGUAAGUAAAGUGUUCAACCAACCCAAAGCCAAAGCCAAGGAACUGGGCAUAGAGAUCUGUCUCAUGUACAUAGAGAUUGAGAAAGGAGAGGCUGUGCAAGAAGAGCUUCUUAAAGGCCUGGACAAUAAGAACCCCAAGAUCAUAGUGGCCUGUAUAGAGACACUGAGGAAAGCCUUAAGUGAAUUUGGUUCCAAAAUUAUCUUGCUUAAGCCAAUUAUCAAAGUGUUGCCAAAACUCUUUGAGUCUCGAGAGAAGGCUGUUCGAGAUGAAGCCAAACUAAUUGCUGUGGAGAUUUAUAGAUGGAUUCGGGAUGCUCUGAGGCCCCCAUUACAAAAUAUAAAUUCUGUCCAGUUGAAAGAGCUAGAAGAAGAAUGGGUCAAAUUGCCAACAGGUGCUCCUAAACCAAGUCGGUUUCUGCGUUCCCAGCAAGAACUAGAAGCAAAAUUGGAACAACAACAGUCUGCUGGUGGAGAUGCUGAAGGGGGUGGUGAUGAUGGUGAUGAGGUGCCACAGAUAGAUGCUUAUGAGCUUUUGGAAGCAGUAGAGAUCCUUUCCAAACUUCCCAAAGACUUUUAUGACAAAAUUGAGGCAAAAAAAUGGCAAGAGAGAAAAGAAGCCCUGGAGGCUGUAGAAGUACUUGUGAAAAAUCCCAAACUGGAAGCAGGCGAUUAUGCAGAUUUAGUAAAAGCAUUAAAGAAGGUUGUUGGAAAGGACACCAAUGUUAUGUUGGUAGCUUUGGCAGCAAAAUGCCUUACUGGACUGGCUGUUGGGCUAAGGAAGAAAUUUGGACAAUAUGCAGGACAUGUUGUACCAACCAUUUUGGAAAAAUUUAAAGAAAAGAAGCCUCAAGUGGUGCAAGCCCUACAAGAAGCGAUUGAUGCAGUCUUCCUUACUACAACACUACAGAACAUCAGUGAGGACGUUUUAGCAGUAAUGGAUAAUAAAAACCCAACCAUCAAGCAGCAAACAUCUCUUUUUAUUGCAAGAAGCUUCCGUCACUGCACUGCUUCUACCCUGCCAAAGAGUUUGCUAAAGCCCUUUUGUGCUGCUCUACUUAAGCACAUCAAUGAUUCUGCUCCUGAAGUCAGAGAUGCUGCUUUUGAAGCAUUGGGUACGGCUCUGAAGGUGGUUGGUGAAAAAGCAGUAAACCCAUUCUUAGCUGAUGUAGACAAACUCAAACUUGAUAAGAUCAAAGAAUGUUCAGAAAAAGUAGAGUUGGUACAUGGUAAGAAAUCUGGACUUGCAGCUGAAAAGAAGGAAUUCAAGCCUGUGCCUGGAAGGGCCGCUGCUUCAGGGGCUGCAGGAGACAAGGACACAAAGGACGUUUCAGCACCUAAGCCAGGGCCCUUAAAAAAGGCACCUAUUUCUAAGGCUGGUGGGCCAUCUAAGAAAGGGAAAACAGCUGCCCCAGGAGGUGCAGGGAGUAUUGGAACCAAGAAUAAGAAAGGAGUGGAGACCAAAGAAAUUGUGGAACCUGAGCUUUCUAUAGAAGUAUGUGAAGAAAAAGCUUCAGCUGUUCUUCCCCCUACCUGUAUACAGCUUCUAGACAGCAGUAACUGGAAGGAACGGCUAGCUUGUAUGGAAGAGUUCCAAAAGGCUGUUGAACUAAUGGAUCGGACUGAAAUGCCAUGUCAGGCAUUAGUGAGGAUGCUUGCCAAAAAACCUGGAUGGAAAGAAACUAAUUUUCAGGUGAUGCAGAUGAAGCUUCACAUAGUUGCUUUGAUUGCCCAGAAGGGAAAUUUUUCCAAAACUUCAGCUCAGGUUGUAUUAGAUGGCCUCGUAGACAAGAUCGGAGAUGUGAAAUGUGGGAACAAUGCAAAGGAGGCUAUAACAGCAAUAGCUGAAGCUUGUAUGUUGCCGUGGACAGCUGAGCAGGUUAUGUCAAUUGCUUUCUCACAGAAGAAUCCCAAGAAUCAAUCAGAAACUCUGAAUUGGCUAUCAAAUGCAAUAAAAGAAUUUAGUAUUGCUGGGUUGAAUGUCAAAGCCUUCAUUAGCAAUGUGAAGACUGCUCUUGCUGCAACAAACCCAGCUGUGAGGACUUCUGCUAUUACCCUGCUAGGUGUAAUGUAUUUAUUUGUUGGUCCUACUUUGCGAAUGUUCUUUGAGGAUGAGAAACCUGCCCUCCUAUCCCAGAUAGAUGCAGAAUUUGAAAAGAUGCAAGGACAGAAGCCACCAGCUCCAACCAGAGGAAUUUCUAAGCAUAGCACAAGUGGUACAGAUGAAGGAGAAGAUGGAGACGAACCAGAUGAUGGAGGCAAUGAUGUUGUUGAUCUUUUGCCAAGGACAGAGAUCAGUGAUAAAAUUACUUCAGAAUUGGUAUCUAAGAUUGGUGACAAGAAUUGGAAGAUCAGAAAAGAAGGCCUAGAUGAAGUGACAGCCAUUAUCAAUGAAGCAAAAUUUAUCCAACCAAAUAUAGGUGAACUCCCAACUGCCUUGAAGGGUCGACUCAAUGAUUCAAAUAAAAUCUUGGUGCAGCAGACAUUGAAUAUUCUUCAGCAAUUGGCAGUAGCCAUGGGCCCAAACAUCAAGCAACAUGUAAAGAACUUGGGCAUCCCUGUCAUCACAGUCCUUGGAGAUAGCAAGAAUAAUGUUCGAGCUGCUGCCCUAGCAACUGUGAAUGCGUGGGCAGAACAGACUGGCAUGAAGGAAUGGCUGGAGGGAGAAGAUCUUUCUGAAGAACUCAAAAAGGAAAAUCCUUUCUUGAGGCAAGAGCUUCUGGGCUGGCUGGCUGAGAAACUACCUACCCUUCGUUCCACCCCCACAGAUCUUAUCCUUUGUGUUCCCCAUCUUUACUCCUGUCUAGAAGAUCGAAAUGGAGAUGUGCGGAAGAAGGCCCAAGAUGCUUUGCCGUCCUUCAUGAUGCAUUUAGGAUAUGAAAAAAUGGCCAAAGCUACUGGAAAACUAAAGCCAACUUCUAAAGAUCAGGUGUUGGCCAUGCUAGAAAAAGCCAAAGCUAACAUGCCAGCCAAGCCUGCCGCACCUGCUAAAGCAACAUCCAAACCAAUAGGAGGAUCAGCUCCAGCCAAAUUCCAGCCUACAUCAGCACCUGUUGAAGAGUCUGUUUCCAGCACCAUAGAAGCCAAGCCUGAUCUGAAAAAGGCCAAAGCUCCAGGAGUUUCCUCUAAAACAAAGAGUGUACAAGGAAAGAAAGUACCAAGCAAAACCAGCUUAAAGGAAGAUGAAGACAAAUCUGGACCUAUUUUUAUUGUUGUUCCAAAUGGAAAGGAGCAGAGGAUGAAAGAUGAAAAAGGAUUGAAG